GCUGCGCAGCGGAGGCGCGGACGGCGCGGGGUGACAGCCCGGCCGUGCGGCGGCACUGCGCAGAUACUGGUUCUGGAUCUGCAGUGAAACAGUCUACCUUAUUAGAGACAUUUUUAGUUCUCUGAAUGAUGGUACUGAAGUGCACCAUUCCUUUUGAGAUAAUGGCUGAACAGAAGAUAACCAUUUGGUUUUUCAUCUAUCAUCUUAUUACACCCUGUUUUGUCUACUCCUUGGCAGCAGAGGAGGGAAACAAAGGUUAUGGACCUGUUUUUGAGGAGCAACCUAUUGAUACCAUUUAUCCAGAAGAAUCUUCAGAUGGACAAGUUUCAAUGAACUGCAGAGCUCGAGCAGUUCCUUUUCCUACUUACAGGUGGAAACUCAACAACUGGGAUAUUGAUUUAACAAAGGAGCGGUACAGUAUGGUGGGAGGCAGACUUGUUAUCAAUAAUCCAGAGAAAUCAAGGGAUGCUGGAAAAUAUGUCUGUGUAGUGUCAAACGUCUUUGGAACUGUCAGAAGCAGUGAAGCCACUCUGAGUUUUGGAUAUCUGGAUCCCUUUCCACCUGAGGAACGUUAUGAGGUUAAAGUGCGAGAAGGUGUUGGAGCAGUGCUUCUUUGUGAGCCCCCUUACCACUAUCCAGAUGACCUCAGUUAUCGCUGGCUUCUAAAUGAGUUCCCAGUGUUCAUUGCUUUGGACAAACGACGAUUUGUGUCACAGACUAAUGGCAAUCUCUACAUUGCAAAUGUGGAAGCAUCAGAUAAGGGCAAUUAUUCAUGUUUUGUGUCCAGCCCUUCAAUAACAAAGAGUGUAUUCAGUAAAUUUAUUCCACUUAUUCCACAAUCUGAUCGAGCAAAAGUAUAUCCUGCUGAUAUCAAGGUGAAGUUCAAGGACACAUACGCUCUCCUGGGACAAAACGUGACACUGGAGUGUUUUGCUCUUGGAAAUCCGGUUCCUGAACUCAGAUGGAGUAAAUACCUUGAGCCCUUGCCAGCCUCUGCCGAGAUAAGCAUGUCUGGUGCAGUUCUUAAGAUCUUCAAUAUUCAGUAUGAAGAUGAAGGACUUUAUGAGUGUGAAGCUGAAAACUAUAAAGGAAAAGAUAAACACCAAGCAAGAGUUUAUGUACAAGCUGCUCCUGAGUGGGUAGAACAUAUCAAUGACACAGAAAGGGAUAUAGGCAGUGACCUGUACUGGCCUUGUGUAGCUACAGGCAAGCCUAUUCCAACAAUUAGGUGGCUGAAGAAUGGUGCCUCGUUCCGGAAAGGUGAACUAAGAAUGCAAAGUCUGACCUUUGACGAUGCCGGCAUGUACCAGUGUAUAGCAGAAAACAUGCAUGGAAUUAUUUAUGCAAAUGCUGAACUGAAGAUUGUGGCUUCACCUCCUACUUUUGAACUGAACCCUAUGAAGAAGAAAAUCCUAGCAGCUAAAGGGGGGCGUGUAAUCAUUGAAUGCAAGCCUAAAGCUGCUCCUAAGCCAAAAUUCUCCUGGAGCAAAGGAACAGAAUUGCUUGUAAAUGGGAGCCGCAUACGUAUCUGGGAUGAUGGGAGCUUGGAAAUUAUCAAUGUCACAAAGCUGGAUGAAGGUCGCUACACCUGUUUUGCAGAAAAUAACCGAGGAAAAGCCAAUAGCACUGGUGUUCUAGAAAUGACAGAAGCUACAAGAAUUACUUUAGCUCCGUUGAAUGUUGAUGUCACCGUUGGAGAGAAUGCUACCAUGCAAUGCAUUGCAUCCCACGAUCCCACAUUGGACCUGACAUUUAUCUGGUCUCUAAAUGGCUUUGUAAUAGAUUUCGAGAAAGAACACGAACAUUAUGAACGGAAUGUUAUGAUUAAAUCCAAUGGUGAGCUGCUGAUUAAAAAUGUACAGCUGCGGCAUGCAGGAAGGUACAUGUGCACUGCUCAGACAAUUGUGGACAACUCCUCAGCUUCAGCUGACCUUGUGGUAAGAGGUCCUCCAGGCCCCCCUGGAGGUAUAAGAGUAGAAGAAAUUAGAGACACUGCUGUAGCACUUACCUGGAGUCGUGGAACAGACAAUCAUAGUCCUAUUUCUAAAUACACUAUCCAAUCAAAAACCUUUCUAUCUGAAGAGUGGAAAGAUGCCAAAACAGACCCAGCAGAUAUUGAAGGAAAUAUGGAAUCUGCUACAGUGAUUGAUUUAAUUCCGUGGAUGGAAUAUGAAUUCCGGAUAAUAGCAACAAACACUUUGGGGACAGGAGAGCCCAGCAUGCCAUCGCCGAGGAUUAGAACUGAAGGCGCUCCUCCUAAUGUGGCUCCUUCUGAUGUUGGAGGAGGGGGUGGAAGCAAUCGAGAGCUGACAAUAACAUGGAUGCCUUUGUCAAGAGAAUACCACUAUGGCAAUAACUUUGGUUAUAUAGUGGCCUUCAAGCCGUUUGGUGAGAAAGAAUGGAGAAGAGUUACAGUUACUAAUCCUGAAAUUGGCCGAUAUGUCCACAAGGAUGAAUCAAUGCCACCUUCAACUCAGUAUCAAGUAAAAGUGAAAGCUUUUAACAACAAAGGGGAUGGGCCAUUCAGCCUCACUGCUGUCAUUUAUUCAGCGCAAGAUGCUCCAACUGAAAUACCUACAGAUGUGAGUGUAAAGGUUUUGUCAUCUUCUGAAAUGUCUGUUUCUUGGCACCAUGUUUCUGAUAAAUCUGUGGAGGGAUAUCAGAUUCGUUACUGGGCUGCUCAUGAUAAAGAAGCAGCUGCACAGCGGGUGCAGGUGAGCAAUCAAGAGUAUUCAACCAAACUGGAAAACCUGAAGCCUAACACUCGCUACCAUGUGGAUGUGUCUGCCUUCAACAGCGCAGGCUACGGACCUCCCAGCAGCACCAUUGAUGUUGUUACAAGGAAAGCACCUCCAAGCCAACGCCCAAGAAUUAUCAGUUCUGUAAGAUCUGGUUCAAGGUACAUCAUCACCUGGGAUCACGUGAAGGCAAUGUCAAACGAGUCCGCUGUCGAAGGAUACAAAGUACUUUAUAGGCCAGAUGGACAGCAUGAAGGCAAGUUGUUUUCCACUGGAAAGCACACGAUAGAGGUCCCAGUCCCCAGCGAUGGUGAAUAUGUUGUUGAGGUGCGAGCACACAGUGAAGGAGGAGAUGGAGAAGUAGCCCAAAUAAAAAUUUCAGGUGCCGCUGUUGGAGUACCAACUCUGCUCCUGGUCCUAGUGGUGCCUGCCCUGGGUGUCCUUGCCUGCUCGGGAUUCUGAAUGUAGCUGGAUUCACCUUGUCCUCCACACAACACAAAGGACUCCCUUUGAUGAUGAGGACCACGAUUCUUUUUGAUUCCUGUGUCACCAUCCUAAGCCAAAUAAAUUACACUUUAAAAAGAAUUACCCUACCGAUUUCCUAUGAACUUUAAGAGGACUGAGGCAUCCAGGAACUCCUUCAUGAAGUAAAUCAACUUUUGAACGGCUAAGAAUUUUUAACUUGUUCCAAUAUGCCUUAUAAAACACUUAUGCUGAUCUGUGACAGUUGCAUGAUUCGGUCCAAUGGGGCAAGUUACAGUGUUAAAACCCAAUAACAUAGGCUGUACAGUGAAAGUAAAAUCACCAUACGUAGGUGCUUUAACUUGAAUAACAAAUUGUGAAAUAUAAUAGAGAUUGAAAUGUUGAUUGUAUGUGAUAAAUGUAAGAGUACUACGUC